AUGACGGUGAUCGGGAGUCUGGUGGCUUCGACGCUUUGGCAUGUGGUAAAGAUAUACCCGCUAACGCGUGAAUGUAUUGACUCGCUACAAUCAGAAAUUUGGAAAUUCGUUUGGUCAAAGAAACCGGAGUGGGUGCGUCGGGAAACGUGUAUGUCAGACUAUCUGAAUGGGGGUCUGCGAAUUAUUAAUCUUGACAUCAAAAGCAAAGCAUUGUUGAUUGGUCGUGUUUUCCGAUUUUUUGAGGAGAGUGAGACACCUUGGAAAGAUUUCAUGCGUUAUUAUAUCGGACGGUCUUUAGGCAUAAACGAUAACUCGAGACCAAAUAGCGACAUUCCAACUCCGUUUUAUAGUCAUCUUCUUCGUGUUCUGAGAGAAUUUGCUGUUGAUUUGGGACAACCUAGCACGAGUAAAAUGUAUUAUUUAAAACGUAUUGAAGAUUGUGUUACCCCGGUACAAGCAAGAAGCGAGUUAGCUUGGAAUCAAAGAUUUGGUCCUGGUUUAAUCUGGAAAGAGAUUUGGACAGAUGUCGCUCGAAGUUUCAAUGAUCCAGUGUUACGUGAUUUUGAUUGGCGCGCGUUACAUCGGGUUUUGCCUGUCAAUUUCAGAGUGCAUAAAUGGUAUUCAAGAAUAUCCUCAGCAUGUGCACGGUGUGGUGAAAGAAUCGAAACAUUGGAACACACGUUGAUUCAUUGUCCGAUGGUAAAGGAGCUGUGGAUGUUUAUUCUGAAACUGUGCAAUCAAAUUGAUGCAUCGGUUAUUGGUCUGUCAGAACGGAAUAUGUUGUUGGGUUGUUUCCCGCGAACAAGAACAAGAGACCUUUUGCGUUACUUAAUUAGUGUUGGCAAAUUUUCCGCGUGGAAAGAGCGCGUGUCAUAUCAGUUUAGGAAGGAUGAGAAAAUCAACAGUUUUGUAUAUUUUAGGAAUUAUGUGCGAACUCGAUUAGAAACAGAAAAGGGCAUCAUGGGCACGAAAAACUUUGAGUCAAAAUGGUGUUUAAACAAUGUCUUAGCAUGUGUCACAAACGGUAUAAUUCGAACUUUGAUCUAACAGUCAAUAUUUGUGUGACUUAAUGUAAAUAAUUUAAUGUAAUCUAAUGCAUGUGAAUUGUGUGUCAAAUAAUUUUGAUUCCCCGUAGUGAUAUACACUAUGUGGGGUUUUUAAUAAAAAAAUACUCUUACCUAAUGGUAGAGUUUUGACGGGCUCUGAGGUACACGGCUGUUGUCUCUUUCCCGACUGGAGACGGUACAGCGUUUAUCGAGUUGGGAAAGAGACUAACCUCUCAUUAGGUACUUACCCAGAUAAGUACAUCAUGAAUAUAGUUUUAGUGAGGUAUUUAUCUAGAUAAAUACCUCAUUAAACUAUUCAUGAGGUAUAUAUCUAGUUAAAUACCUCAUGAAUAGUUUAAUGAGGUAUUUAUCUAGAUAAAUGCCUCAUUAAACUAUUCAUGA